AUGACAUCGGGUGUUUGUACUUUUGAGAAUGAGGAAGAGAACGGGAUUGAGACCAAAUUUCUCCUCUCACGCUGUUUUCUCCCGGCUGGGCAGAGACUGGCCACAACCUAUUCUCUUACGAGACACGAUCUGUCUUCGUUGCACAUUUGGCCUCAGUCCGUGACAGCCAACUGGAGUCCCGGUCGCCCAACGUUACGAGAUUCCAAGCCGUUGGUUUCUAUUUACCCGGGGCUCUGGAACUCGUCCAAGCUUUGCAUUCUGGACCCCACGCAGGCCGAGGCCUGUGUUUUUCUCUUCCCCAGGGACAUGGCCAACCCUAUGAAUAGUUUCAACCACGACCACUCCGCCGCCCGUCGCGAUGACCCCCAGGACCCUCGCGAGGGUGUGCCGCCGCACCUACAGCAGUCCUUGCCAUCGCAUGACCCUUCGUUGAUGGGGUUUCCUCCCGGCCCGUUGGGAAAUUAUGGCUUCGGUGCCAUGCUACCCCAGGAUGACGACCUCGCCCUCAACGCCUUUGAUCAACCACAAGGGCCACAAAGACCUCAAGGACCCCAAGGACCCCAGGGAGGCUUGGAAAGUCGCCUCUCCAAUGUGAUGCUGACCUAUGACACGAUGCUCCCCGGCGGGGUAUCUAUGGGGAUGAGUUUCGAUCCCGGGAAUGCCUUCGCCUACGACGUACCAACAACCUACCCCGCGACCUCCAUGGGACUUGCGCCAGCGACCGAUCAUUCACAAUUAAAUCCUUCCUUCUCCCCGUUUCCGCAGUCUAUGCCGCCGGCCGGUCAAUAUUUUCAACAACCAAAUACCCAACCUCAACCACGGAGAGAUAUUUACCCCGGCAAUAACACCACAACCACUUCCACAGGCAGCUUUGAGGAUUCCGAUUUUUCUCGGGCUAGCGAACGCUCGCAGCAGAUACGUGCACCGCGGCCGGUUCAAGAGCGUCCGCGACCCCCCCAGCCUGUCCCAUACCGUCCACCACAGCACGUCGCGAUACAACCCAAGAAGCCUGUCCUUGCCGCCAAAGGAGAUCUCCCUUCCGGAAUGUCGAGCCCAGACGCUCCUGCGACACAGCACACCGGUAUUUAUUCCAGUAGCGGUUUCGAUGUUCUAGGAGUUCUAAGCCGAGUGGCCAUGAGACCUAACCCCAAAAUCAACAUCGGCGCAGUCGACUUGUCCUGUGCCUUCGUGCUCUGUGAUAUCACACGGAAGGAUCAUCCGAUUGUAUAUGUCUCGGAGGCGUUCGAGCGACUCACAGGCUACACGAAAGAAGAAAUUAUCGACCGGAAUUGUCGAUUCCUCCAAAGUCCCGAUGGCCAUAUCAACGCUGGUGCAAAGCGGACCUUUGUCGAUGGGGGGCAACCGUUCAUGAACCUCAUCACAAUGAUCCCUAUUCGUUGGGACUCAGAUGAUAUCCGAUUCUAUGUUGGGUUUCAGGUUGAUCUAGUUGAGAAGCCUGAUGCAGUGACAAAGAGGAAUCCUGAUGGGACAUAUACCAUCAACUAUCAACGUGACCAAUUGCCCCAAUAUGUGGUACAACCCCCGGAGUUGUACAGACUGCGUCCUGAUCUCACGGUUCAAUUUGGUCAUGAUGAAGUGACAGCUAUUCUCAAUGCCGCGGGUGUUCCAGGCAAUAACUUAUAUCGGCACUAUUUGGAUCGCAUUCUAGUCGAGAACUCAGAUGACGUGAUCCACGUUCUUUCUUUCAACGGAGAAUUCCUUUACUUAUCCCCAUCUUGCAGGAGGAUCCUCGAGUACGAACCUAUUGAGCUGGUUGGUAGAACUCUCUCGACAAUCUGCCAUCCCAGCGAUAUUGGACCCGUGAUUCGUGAUCUUCGGGGAAGCACUACGCCUGCCCCUAUCAGCGUUGUGUACCGUAUUCGGCAAAAGUAUAAGGGGUAUACAUGGUUUGAAAGCCAUGGUUCAUGGCACAUUGACCCAACCCAGGGCCGAAAAUAUUUGGUCAUGACCGGCCGGACCCGACCUGUCUACUCGCUGGACCAGAUUGCUCGUCUCGGAUCGAACGCUGCUCUGGCCGAGAAUGAUAUAUGGGUCAAAACAUCUCUAUCUGGUGUAAUUCUAUUUGCCACAUCCAAGUCGAAGCCAGUCUUGGGGCGCUCGCCGGAUGAUCUCAUUGGCAAAAGUCUCCAUGACUUGAUGGAGCCGGAAUCUGACCCUAACGCGAUCAUUGAUGCCCUCGAUGAAGCAGCUAAUGAUUCACUCAUUGAAGGAGAUGGUGGGAUGAACAGCACGAGUUCACGGGAAUUGCCUUCAUUCCGUCACAAAAUGCGCCAUAAGAAGGGCCACUCGCUUUCCGCACAUACCACCCUAUAUCCCGGCGACGCUGGACCUGGACUGAGACCCUCCUUCCUUGUCGCCCAGAUUCGCUUCGCACGAGCUUUCCCCCCUUCUUCGGCCGCUGUCUCCGCGGCCGAAGAAGAGGAGCUGUCCAACGUCCCCGGAACUUCUAAGAACACCACUAUAACCACGGAAGACCCCAAUCCACCUAACCAAUACGGAGCUCUAGGACAACGCAUGCCCGAUCUCUCGGCCCUCAUCGGCCUGAACGGCCUUCCCGCUGGUAAUCGCAGCCUCUCGCCCUCCGACAUGCCCGCCACGUUUUUCACGGAACUAAACCCAACGCGCGGCUCCAGUUGGCAGAUCGAGCUGCGCGAGCUGGAGAAGCAGAACCGCACACUCGCCGAUGAGCUGCAACGGCUACUGGGCCGGCGCAAGAAGCGCAAGCGCAAGCAGAUCGCCGCUGCGGUCGAGAAAUCGUGCUCGAUGUGUAGCACGAAAUCGACGCCUGAGUGGCGGCGCGGGCCGAGCGGAAAUCGCGAUCUAUGCAACAGCUGUGGCCUGCGGUGGGCGAAACAAGUUCGGAGUCAAGCACGGGCUGCUGCGGCGUCCUCAGAAGAAAAUACGAAUACAAUCCCCGCUCCAGCGCCUGUAUAG